AUGCGUUUUGGUCGAGAUGCAUCCGUGACAGUGUCAACGGAAGUGUCAUGGCUGCUGGAGAGGAUGGCCCUAUUUCUGUAUGCACGUAUCAUUGUUGUAGCCCAAGUCAUGGAAGUUGACUAUGUCUCUGCAUUUCAGAUGGGAAUUGAAGAUUCCCGCCCGCCGAAAAGUUCCGGGAAAUUUGCAUCCUCUCAGAAGACAUUGAAGGGAAGAACAUUCAUUUCCGUGAAAUGGAAUAAGUACGAAACAAACCAGGAGGCGCCGUUGGAUGAAGACAUGCAGAUACGGAGCAUGGAGCAAGCGGAAGGAAGAAAUCACUCCCUCAUCUCCGAAUUCAUCCUCCUGGGGUUCGGGAACGACCCGAAACUACAGCCCCUCCUUUUUCUGCUGUUUCUACUCAUCUAUAAUGUGACCGUGGCCGGGAACACCCUCAUCAUCGCGCUUGUGGUGGUCGAUCACAACCUACGCACCCCCAUGUACUACUUACUGGGGAACUUGUCCUUCCUGGAGAUCUGUUACACCUCUGCCUUCCUGCCCCGGCUGCUGGCCAGCCUCUGGACCGGGGACAGGAGCGUCUCCGUGAAGGGUUGCUUCGUACAAUUAUAUUUCUUUGCCGUCAUGUCCGCAACCGAGGCUCUGCUGCUGGCGGCCAUGUCCUACGACCGGUACGUCGCCAUCUGCCAUCCCCUCCGCUACGCAGCUCUGAUGAACGGCCGGGUGUGUGGCCGGCUCGUGGCCGGGUCUUGGCUCUGCAGCUUUCUAAACUGCACCCUAACCGACGUUUUCUUGUGGCAACUGACGUUCUGUGAUGCCAAAGAAAUGGACCAUUUCUUCUGCGAUUUCACUCCGUUGAUAAAGCUCUCCUGCAGCGACACCCGGACUCUGGAACUGGUGACGUUGACGAUCGCUGCCCUAGGGGCGCUUGUGCCCUGUGUCCUGACGCUAACAUCCUACGUGUGUAUCAUCUCCACCGUCCUGCGCAUCCCCUCCUCCACCGGGCGGAAAAAGGCCUUUUCCACCUGCUCCUCCCACCUCAUCGUGCUGAGCGUUUUCUACGGGGCCGUGAUCACUGUCUACGUGGUUCCAACGGGCAACGCGCCCACGGUCCUACACAAAAUAUUGUCCGUCUUCUACAUAGUCCUGACUCCCCUGAUCAACCCCAUCAUCUACUGCCUGAGGAACAAGGAGGUCCAAGAGUCCCUGCAAAAAGCUCUUUUUAAACUGGCUGCCUUUAGAAACAGGCACAAACUCUGA